CCCUCCUUUAGACGGUAUCAAUCAAUCACUGAUCACCUAUCAAGAUUACCUAGCCGCCUGACUGCGCCGUGUGCCGUGGGUAGGAAGCAAGCCGAUUGGGGUGAGCCAACCGCCGUCAAAAGGACUCCCAUGACGCGGCAAUUGCGGCGUCAACCACUCACUGCCCUCGACUCCAUUGUCUCCAUGUUCACCACGGUUCCAUGGUUAGUCGCUCCAGCUGAAACAUGCAUGGAUAGACAUCGUUUGACAUCUUCCGUUGACGCGCCGUUGGGUGAUGCAUGGGUGGUGUGUACGUAUCUGAGUGUGAACCUUGCCAAGAAGGAGUGACAUCGAAGCAGACAGAAACAAACAGAGCAAAACCGGGAUCCGUCGGCAUAAACCAUGAUUCUUGCUUUUUGCAUCACUGCUCCGUAACCAUCAUUGAUGUCCCUGAUUACCCUGAACACCUACCCCAUACUCUUCUCGGUAAACCCUCAUACCUCGUCCCGAUCAUACCUCCCCAUUACCAGACGUGCAAUACUGCGCUCAUCCGAGGGAACCACCCGACUAGAGGACUAGCGGGAGGAGCAGAGCCAGCCACAUUGCCCGCUGGCCGCAAGGUGAAACAUCGCCCAGUGUCGACUAAUCAGAUCCAACUUGCUAGUGUCAAAUCGGUUAAAGGAAAUGAUCUCAUCGCACGCAGGGGGUGGAGAAUAAGGAAAGACGGGCAUGUGCACUGUAUUGCACUAGGAUUGGUCUGCUUUUUUUUUUCCUUGGCCGCCCGCCCCGGGAGACAGUUGCAGUAUUCGGAUGUUGCUUAGCGAACUGAAGUACUGAAUUGAGAAUGGCGUUUUCGGAGGACCUUGGGGUGGAAAUGCGCAGCAAUCAUUCAACUCUAAACUGGAUCCCGAUGAACCUGCGGUUCGCCGAUCACAACUGCUUAUUAUUGACAUGAUACGGAGUAGUCUACUCAACACGUAAAAAAGGUAUGUGCGGCUC